CGAGUCCGUCUUGGACACGCGCGCGCGGCCCUCGCUCGAUUCGUUGUGCAAUCACGAUCCGAGUUCCCCUGAUGGCCUGAUCCCCUCGAUAAAGCGUGCGGCGCCUUAACCCCCUGCCCAAGCAAGCUAGGGUUUAGCACUUUAGAGGUUCGCCUUCCUCCUCCGAUCCGUUCGCCGCCUCGUGGUCCGACUACCCGCCGCGGGGCGCGCGCGGAGCCAACGCAAUGGCGAUGGUGCAAAUCGGCCGAGCCGCCCUCCUCAUCGGCGUUGGGGUGAUCGCCGCCAGCAACCCCAAAGUCGCCGUAAUCCUCGCCGAGCUUCAGGGGUCUGCGCGCGAGAAGGGAGCGGACGCGGCGGGAUCGGGGGAAGCCGUUGCGGCCGACGCCGCUGCUGAGGCUUUGCAGUCCCAAAUUGCUAUGCUGGCUAGGGAUGUUCGGCAACUAGCAUAUAAUAAUGCUGUUAUUCAGAUGGAUAUGGGCAACGGCGGAGUCGGAUCAGCUUUGAUAUUACCUGUUGCGGCUGUUGGUGCAGUCAGCUAUUGUUACAUGUGGUGGAAUGGUAUCACCUUCUCUAGCCUUAUGUAUGUCACCAAGCGCAAUAUGGCUAAUGCUGUUGCAAGUAUGACUAAGCAUCUGGAACAAGUGCAGGGCUCUCUUGCUGCCGCUAAAAAGCACUUGUCCCAGCGCAUUCAGCACGUGGAUGAUAAAUUGGAGCAGCAGAAGGAGAUUUCUGGCCAGAUAAAAGAUCAGGUUACUGGUGCAAAGUUGAAAAUCAAGAACAUUGGAUCAGACAUGGAUAAAAUAAAAAAUAUGGUUAUCGGUCUGGAUGAAAAGAUGGAUUCAAUUGAAGCAAAACAGAGCUAUUCAUGUGCGGCUGUGGAUUAUCUUUGCAAGUUCAUAGAACAAAGGGGUCAGAAGCUGCCAGAACGCUUGGAAGGAUUGCAACGAACAGUAAGGCAAAUUGGGUACAACCGCUCAGAGUUGCCGGGUCUGGGGUUCGGGCAACUGCUGACGAUAGAAUCAGCGAGCCCUGGCACAGAAAGAAUAAUGCUUCGGUCCACGAGCAUCAGCUCGGCACGUCUGAUCCUGCCUUAGAUUGAGAGUGCGAUCAAGGCAACGGAUGCGCUUAAUCGCACCUUGCCCAAAUUUUGUACAGCUCUGAGUUAGAUAGAAUGGUAGAUUAGAUGAUUUUUAUGACUGCUUAGGACUUAGGAUUGAGAUGGCAUGUCCCGUCCUGGUGGUUUAUUUUGCCGUGUAGUAUGCCAGUUUGUCUAUUGCCAUCACGCGACUGAUCUUUCAAAUUUUCUAACACUCAAAGCAUGUGUCAUAUUUCAAAAUUUAAACACUUUUGUGCGUACGCUAGUA